CGCACGUCACGACACUCAAUCUCAGUCAGAUGUAGGGGAGCAGGCAGACCACGUAACAACAACUAUUAGGACCAGGGUUAAAUUGGCCCUGGCCUGCCACCUGGUGUGGAUGCCUGUGACCCGGUGAGGAGGCCUUGCUGGGUUGGAGGAAACACAAUGAGUGGGAAGAGCCUGCUGCUGAAGGUGAUUCUGCUGGGGGACGGUGGAGUGGGCAAGUCCUCCCUUAUGAACCGCUAUGUCACGGACCGCUUCGACUCCCAGUCCUUUCACACCAUCGGUGUGGAGUUCCUCAACCGGGAUCUGGAGGUAGACGGGCGCCUGGUUACUCUUCAGAUCUGGGACACGGCAGGCCAGGAGCGCUUUAAGUCCCUGCGCACGCCCUUCUACCGAGGCGCCGACUGCUGCCUGCUCACAUUUGCUGUGAACGACCUGCAGAGCUUCCAGAACCUUGGCUGCUGGAAGAAGGAGUUCAUGUACUACUCGGACAUUAAAGACCCAGAGCGGUUCCCUUUUGUGGUGCUAGGCAAUAAGGUAGACAUGGAGCAGAGGGAGGUGGGGGAGGACGAAGCACGGGCCUGGUGUGAAGAGAACGGCUGCUGCCCUUACUUUGAGACCAGUGCAAAGGAUGACACAAAUGUCACAGCUGCAUUCGAGGCAGCUGUCAGGGAGGUUCUGGCUGCCGAGGACCAGAUUGACCAUGCACUACUAAGUAGUACUAUCGAUCUCCAUGGCAACCGCAAAACCUCUCGCGCGUCUUGCUGCUGAUUGGUCAGGUGCGAAUCCGCCUUGUCUUAAUCUCGCUGGCUGAAACUUGCCUGUGGCAGUUUUGAGAGCCACGAUUUAUUGUUUAUGGUACACAUACUGUAGGUACAAGGUACUGAGUACAGUAUCCCCUGAAAAUAAUGUGGAUAAGAUACAGCUGCUCUGAGGAGGGCAGUGUCAAGGAUUCAGCUGGUAUCUAAACUGUUGUACUAUUGCUCAAGGUACAGGCACACUGUAACAGGCACACUCAUCCUUUGUACUCUGUCUGCUUUCAGUAGUGUUGCACAAAAACAUUGCUACCCGGCUUCAGCUCUUUCUGCUUAUGCAGGAGUUGUAUCAACUAGUACUUUCAGAGCACUUAUUUUAAUCGAAAUUAUUCAAACUUUAGUCAGAACAACAGAUGAGAGAAUCUUCUCUUGAAGAGCACACUCUACCUUUGGCACAGCAUCAUAGAGUUGGUCUUGUAAAUGCUCAACAGUCUGUCCCUGAGCUGAUUUUCCAGGUUUUAGAGGGACUUUGACUGCAACAUCACAUUUUUCUUCUUAUCAGGUCUUUUAACAUAAGCGGGGAACUAAUGUAUUUUCUGGGCACCGGCCGUGGGAGUGACAGUGUUCACAAUCCAGCUAGAUAUUAUGCUUGGGAACUCCCAACAUCGGGAUAAUGACGAAUAAGAUUUGAGGUACGAGGAAGUUAAACGAUUGCUGCUCUCUAAAGGAAGAUGGCCUUGUGUGUCGUCAGUGGAAAGGGAAUUCUGAGCUUUAAUUUUGCAGCUGUGACUGUAAGCAUAGGGUACGAGCCAUUGCAGCGCUCUUAUUCAUUUCACUAGUAUAUCUGCAGUACAACACAGCACUGCUGUGUAGCCAGAGGUGUGAGGUGUACGAGUAAGGCAUUUUCAGACCAGUUUUUCCCCUGUGAUUUAUGUACAUGGGCUUGUUUACUAAGUACGGUUCAGUGUUCUUUCAGAGUUCAAAAAUAAUGCUGCUUUUGCUACUGUUGUUGAUCAACUGCUAUUUAUUUUUCUGUGAAGCACAUUUCCACCUGCUGACGUGUUUGUUUGUUUUUUUACAGACAAUGAGUGAUAUUUACAUUAGGUUUCUGUGUUUGAUCAAGGGCUGUUUAAAGUCUCUUUCCCUGAUGUGUUAGUGGAGGUUGCAGUUAUUAGAAUUAACAAUAAUUUUCACAAUUAUGGCAUGUUUGUAAUCCUGUCUGUCUUGUUGGGUGGCAGGCCUUAACAUUCCAGUCCUUUAGCUUUGCCUAUUCUGAAGGUCUCCUGUGCUUUACUGAUGUAUUAUGUACGCCUUGUGCUGUCAGUCUGGUCAUUCUAGGUCUCAGCUGAAUAUGAAAUAGCCUGAGCACAAGGGUAAGGCCAUUAAGACCAGUAAUGUGUGCACUGUGCAUCACCCCAUUCAUACAGUAUUGAGUGAAACAUAGGACUGAGUAUUCUGACAGCUUAAUGAUGUUUACUUGUUUUCAGCUGAAUGGUUCUUUACUUUUAUUUCAGUGUUUUUAAAUACAGACUUCCUUACAUCUGAAUAUGUCCCUUUGGUUUUGCUAUGGGCCAGAGGGCAUUGAUGUUUGCCUGCAUGGUUCCAGAAAAUAAUAUGCCUGACAUCCAAUGCUUCAAACUGAGUUUCACAUGGUCAGAAUUCAUUCUCGUCAGUAUUGUGAUUACUGCUGGAAUAUUAUUUUAUAAUGUGACUACUCAGCCAACCAUACCUGUUGCAUAAAUAAGAUCAAAUGUUUUCAUCUCCUGAAUGCACAAAGUCUCUGUUAUAGUCCAUGUUCUCAUACCCUUUUCUGUUAUAUUGAAGGUCUCGAGUAUUCUCUCAGCCUGCGAUCACAGUAUUUGCCUUUGAAGUCAGAAAUUGCAUCAUUUUUCAGUGUGCGUGCAGACUAAUGGUGGCCUGCGAAAGUGAACCGAAUCCAGUCAGGUGCAGUUAUAUUUACUUAUUACAUGGAUCUUUGGUUUAACGUAGGCUUAUGACAAAGAGCAUGUUCAUAUGAUUACAGUUAGAUUUUAUAUCAGGUGUGUUGAGUGCUGGUAGUCCCAGCAUAGGAGAGAAACUUAAUUAACUGUGAAGUGAGUGGGGCAUUUAACAGAAUCAAGCUGGUAGCCUACUUUAAGUCAAAGCAAAAAUGAGGGCUGUUAGCUUAUUAUUUGUCAGUGUUAAUAUUUUCUUAAUUAAACCGAAUAGUUUGACUCCUUAUGGUACCAUUUCAGAUUUUAUCCUGUUUCGAUUAUGUAGCCUACAACAGUGUUUACCUGGAAUCUAACUUACCUGAGAAUCAGUGGGUACUUAUAAGCUAGUAGCAUUAACCCUACAGUAUGUUGCUCUCGUGUGCUGUCAUAUAUCACUGCAACCAAGUCUAAUGUCAGUAUUUUUUAUGUUGCUGUAAUAUUUAUGAAUGUAAAAACAAAUUUCUUUGGGCUGUCCAUAUUAAUGGCUUAUGUAAAUUGCAAAGGGCAUUCAUUUUAUAACAAUGUACAAAAUGACACUGAACGUCUGUUCCACCUCAGUGCUCAGCCCGAUGAUUUGAGCUGUGUGAAAGUCAGACCGUUCAUCGUGAUUAUGUGUUGAUCUAAUAGACAACUUCCCUUAUUCCUCUCUUUGCACUACGGAGGAUAAGACUGGGUUUGCCAACAUGCUGACAAAGUUGUGUAUACUCUCCAGUGCUUGGCUACAAAUAAAACAUGCAACAUACCAA